AUGUUUUAUGAAAAGAUUCCUCAGACACCAUCAAGUAAGACAUUGUCCAUAUUUCAAUACUUCCUAAGAAAAGAAUUUAACAUUGAUAUUAAUGAACAAAAUAACCCAAAGCUUAAAUUUUACGAAAUGGAAAAUUAUUCUAGUGAAGUUCACUUAGAAAACACAAUUUACAGGGCAAUUAUGGAUGAUAACAAAGAAUUAUUUAUAGUAUUUAUAGAGAAUGAAAGAUUUGAUAAAAAUCAAAAACUUAAAAGUGAUUUUUAUCCUGAAUCAGAAGAAGGAUAUUCAUUACUUGAAUUAUGUUGUUAUCAUGGAGCUGUUGAUUGUUUCAAGCUAUUAAUGUCAAAAUUCAAAUCAGAAAUCACCCCAAAAUGCCUAGAAUUUUCAUUUUUAGGGGGAAAUCCUGAAAUUAUGGAUGAAUGUUUGAAAGAACAAAAACCAAAUAAAGAAUGCAUGAAGUAUGCCAUUGCAUCGCACAACAUUGAUUUUAUCUCUUUUUUAGUGAAGCAAUAUGAAUUAGAAAUAGAAUGUGAUGCAUGUCCAAAUUUUUAUAACCUUCAAGCAUUAUUUGUUUAUUGUGAUCAAAAAAAUCUUGUUAACAAAUGCUUUGUCUUAUCUCCGUUAUUUAAUAUUACAUCACUUUGUGAAUAUUUUCUUGGACUUGGAGCUGAUAUCAAUGCGAAGAACGAGGAUGUCUACACUGCACUUCACACAGCAGCUAUUAAAAACAGCAAGGAAAUGGUUCAACACUUAAUUUCACUUGGCGCAGAUGUAACAUUAAAAAAUAGGGAUGGAUGCACACCACUUCAUUUAGCCGCCGCAUUUAAUACUAUUGAUGUUGUAAGACAACUUAUUUCAAAUGGAGCAGACAUAAAAGCAAAAGAUAAUUUUGGUCAAUCAAUUCUUUUUAGUGCUGCAGAAAAUAAUGAUAUCGAGGUCUUUAAACUUAUUUAUUCCUAUGGCUUUUAUAUCAAUGAAAGAAACAUAUAUGGAGUUACUAUUUUUGAUUAUGUAUCGCUUAAAUGUCGCAAAGAAUUAAUUGAAUUUCUUAUUACCCAUGGAGUGGAUGUUAACACAAAAGACAAGGAAGGGAAAACUCCACUCCAUCGUGCUGCAUUUUGUAAUCGAAAAGAUAUAAUGGAAUUAUUAAUUGCCCAUGGUGCUGAUAUAAAUACAACAUAUAAUGACGGAGCAACAAUUCUUCAUUCUUGUGCAAGUUUAUAUAAUAACAAUACAGAUAUAGCAGAAAUUCUAAUUGCAUUAGGUGCAAACAUCAAUGCAAAAGAUACAUUUGGUAACACUCCUUUAUUCUAUGCAGUGAAAUUAAAUUGUAAAACAAUUGCAGAGUUUCUUAUUUUACAUGGCGCUGAGAUUGAUUCCAGAGAUCAAAGUUUGCAAACACCUCUACAUUUUGCAGCAAGCAAAAAUGCAACCGAAUUAGCAUCAGUCCUUAUUUCUAACGGAGCCGACAUAAAUGCAAAAGAGAAAAAUGGAAAGACUCCUCUUAUAUUUUCAGUACAUAAGAAUAAUCAAGAAAUGGUAGAAUUACUUAUAACGAAUGGUGCAGAUCCAAAUUGUAAAGAAGAAGAAUGGGAAUUAUCUGCUUUUCAUAUUUCAGUCCGGAAUAAUCAAAAAGAAAUUUCACGAAUCCUUCUUUUUAAUGGCGCAGAUAUUAAUGCAAGAGAAAGUUGUGGAAAGACAGCCUUGCAUUAUUCGGUAAUCAAAAAUAAUCUAGAAAUGACAGAGUUCAUUAUUAUAAAUGGUGCAGAUGUUAAUAUCAGAGAUAAAGAUGGAAAAUCUGCUCUACAUUAUGCAAUACAAUACAAUUGCAAUAAUAUUGCAGUACUACUUAUCUCACAUGGUGCAGAUGUCAAUGCCAAAGAUAACGAAGAAAAAUCUAUCCUUCAUUAUGCAGCUUUUCUAAACCAGACAGAAUUAGCAGAGAUUCUUAUUUCAUAUGGUGCUGAUAUCAAUGCAAGGGAUUAUGAUGGACAAACCCCUCUUCAGUAUUCAAUAAUCCAAAAAUCUAACGUUACGGCUAGGUUACUUAUUUCUAAAGGUGCUGAUAUUAAUACAAAAACGAAUUCGGAACUCACAGCCCUUCACCUUGCUAUUCAAGAAAAUAACAAAGAAUUAGCAGAAGUGCUUAUAUCCAAUGGUGCAGAUAUCAAUGCAAAAAGCAAUAUAGGAUAUACUCCUCUUCAUACUGCCGCUGAAAAUAAUUUCAGAAUAAUAGCAGAGUAUCUCAUUUUACAUGGAGCAGAUAUUAAGGAAAUCGAGAAAAAUGGACGAACUGCCUUUAUUAUCGCCACAGCAUUUAAUAGUAAAGAAACAGCAAAACUUCUUGUUUCAUAUGGUUCAGAUAUUAAUUCAAAAGAUAUUCAUGGAUUUACUUCUUUUCAUGUUGCAACAUGUAUGAAUAAUAUCGAGCUGAUACAAUUUUUUAUUUCAAAUGGAGUAAAUAUCAAUGAAAAAACUAACAAUGGGGAAACAGCUCUUCAUUUUGCAUCAUUAAAGAAUUUUAAAGAAUUGGCAGAUCUUCUUAUCUCAAAUGGGGCAGAUAUAAAUUCAAAAGACAAUGAAGGUAACACACCUCUAAGAUGUGCUCAAAGAAAUAAUAAUAGAAGAAUAGUGGAACUUCUUAUUUCUCAUGGAGCAUAUGAUAGUUAA